UUGAGUUCAUGCCUAAAUUAUUUGAGAAAAGUGUUUAGAGUUUUUUUCAAAUAUUAAGUUGUAUACAGGUAUACCUCAAUCAUUGCGUUCAGUAUCUUUCACAGUAUUUUUUCUAAGUUAACCUUUACCCAUAUUAUCCUAUUUGUGAUAUUGAUAAGUCCAUUUAUUCUAAUGUUGAAGAAUAUUGUUUUACUUUGUGUAACACUCGCAAAUAGCCAAGGUAUUCCUUAUCAUGAGGAAUAUUACUGGAAUGGCAAAUGGUUUCCACACUCUCCAAAUGAACCUGAUUCAAAUCCCUCAGCCCAUAAAACCAAUCACUUGAUCACUCCAAGUCAGAGAGUAAUUAUGGGGGAAAGAGAUAUCAGCUGUGAUGAUGCAAAAACUUAUCUGGCUGUUGACUGGUUUAUGGAUCCAGCAAAUUAUACAUGUUUUGAGAACAAGAAGGUAUAUUUACCACAAAGUCAUAUUCAUCCCAUUCAUACCAUUGAGCAUAUACCUACUGAAUAUAGUGCACCCCAUAGAUGUAUGAAUGAAUCUAUUGAAUACAAUGAAUUAGUUCCUACUUUUGGUACCCAUCGACCCUUAUGGGCCGUAUAUGGCGAAUAUACUUUCGUACCGAAACAAAGAUGGAUCCAUAACUUGGAGCACGGGGCCGUAGUUAUGUUAUACCAUCCUUGCGCCAACAAAAACCAGGUCCGACUUCUCAGGAAUAUAGUUAGGUCGUGUCUUUACAAACACGUGAUUACUCCCUACAACUAUUUAACCCCUGAAAGGCCUCUAGCGUUGGUCACGUGGGGACAUCGACUGGAAAUGUCGAAAGUUUCGUCCGAGGUGGUCAACAAUUUCAUCCAAAAACAUGCUCUCAACGGCCCAGAAAAGACACCGAAGGACGGACAGUACUCGCUUAUGCUGGAACGAAGAAGUAAAAUCGUUUCGGACCUCGACGAUACCAAGUUGUGCCCCAAUCACGUUAAUACUAUCAAUAUGAAGUAAGGUUAUGAGAUAACAAGGCUACAACUUGAUGUUUAGCCUAUUUGGGGUAAUUUGGAAAAUAUUUUCGAGGGAACUUAUUUUUCGAACAGGGUGUUCCAUAUGUACGUGACAUGAUUUCAGAUCAGAAGGUGGUGUAUUGGUGUAUUGUUCUUUGAACGGCUGGGAUUUUAUUUAUAGUAUAAUAUAAUCUAUAACAAUCGUUAUAAACGUCAUUUUAGUAACGAGUAUUUUGAGCACGAGAGCAGCAGAGCGGGGCGAGUGUUCAAUAAACGAGUGGCUAGAAGAGUUUCCUCCGUAACUUCUUUAUUUAUGAAAAUAUUCAAAUAGGAAUUUCACAUUCUCAUGGCAGUUUUUCAAAGUGAUUUCGAAAAAAAUAUGAAAUUUAUACCAACUCUUCUAGAAUUUGAGAUAUCAGCACCAACUUUAGUUUUCCAAAUGUAGGUCAUAGCUCACUAUGACUUAGUUACAAAUAACUUUUUUUUCUCUUUCAGAUGAUGUGUCGCAGUAAUAGUUUUGUGUUGAUAACAACGGAGUUAUCGUCAUUUAUACAAAAACAAAAAAUCAUUUGGAAGCCGCCAUCUUGAAUUUAUGAAUUUUAACAAAAAAAUCAUGAUCUCCGACCUCAAAAACCCCCACUUACCCAUUUUGAAUGGGAUCGGACCAAAUCUUGUCCGCCAUCUUGGAGCAGCCAUUUUUUUUUUAAUUUCAACAAAAAUUCCAUAAUGUAUUGUCACUGAAAUUAUGAACACCUGCCAAAUUCCAAGUUAAUCGGAGUGAUGGAAUUUUUGUUGAAAUUGAAAAAAAAUGGCUGCUCCAAGAUGGCGGACAAGAUUUGGUCCGAUUUCAUUCAAAAUUGGUAAGUGGGGGUUUUUGAGGUCGGAGAUCAUGAUUUUUUUGUUAAAAUUCAUAAAUUCAAGAUGGCGGCUUCCAAAUAAUUUUUUGUUUUUGUAUAAAUGACGAUAACUCCGUUGUUACCAACACAAAACUAUUACUGCGACACAUCAUCUGAAAGAGAAAAAAAAGUUAUUUGUAACUAAGUCAUAGUGAGCUAUGACCUACAUUUGGAAAACUAAAGUUGGUGCUGAUAUCUCAAAUUCUAGAAGAGUUGGUAUAAAUUUCAUAUUUUUUUCGAAAUCACUUUGAAAAACUGCCAUGAGAAUGUGAAAUUCCUAUUUGAAUAUUUUCAUAAAUAAAGAAGUCACGGAGGAGACAUGAAAAUGAUCAAAAUCUGUUUUUUGCGUAUAAAACAAAAACGAAUAGAUUUUAUCAAAAUAUU